AAUGACAUCUAUUAUUAACAAUCUUAACGUUUCAUCUACAAAAUGUCGGUCGAUUAAAAGUGCAACGAGAAAUUCCUUUACUAACAUAUGUGGGGUCGGCUUUGAAGCUCUUUACGCUUAGUCAAGUGUUGGCUAACCCGCCCAAACACCCAAUCGGCCAAUUCCAAUUCCACUUUCCAAGUCACGUCCGAUCGACCGUUCUCAUUGGCUGUUUGGUAAAAGUUUUCAGCCCGUCGGACCAAGCUGCAUAAUAGUUGGCCAACUCAUAUAACCCUGUCUAGGCUCUGGCCAUGUCGGGCAACACCCCCAAAAGAAAUCAGAAACGCGACAUCGACAUGUGGUCAACGGCUUGUUUUCAUUUUUUACCUUUUACCUUUUUGUCCAGGCAACGAACUCGAAGGGUGGUGGCUAAUCAAACUAACCAGUUAUAUGAAACCCUUAUAACUGUGCAGCAAAAUAAAUGUCAUUCAACAUGGAAAAGUGUCAUGUAUUUGACGAAUAAUUACCGUCAACAUUGCGUGAUUGGUUGAAUCAACCGGGAGGCGGCCUGUGGCGCUAUGGCUUAGAUUUACUUGCUUACUAUCGCCUUAGGGUUUGGGGUGCGACUUUGGGGAAGGCAGUGAAUGUAUGUGUGAGUGUGUGUGUAUGUGUGACUGUAACCUAUAAUUACCUGGUAGACAACCGGGUGAGCCUCUGGGCAGGAAUAAGUUCCGCAGGCUCAGAGACAACGCGACAGUCGACGCGAACGGAGUUCACAAAUAUUGUCGCCGGAGAUCCAGUGAGCUGCUGAGCAAAAUGUAUUCUCCCGCCAAAUCGCCGAUUGUCGAUGUCACCGAGACACUUUCCCUGCACAGCGAACUGGACAUUGAACUAGAGCCAAGUGGCAAUACAGCCUACUCCAUUGCUGCAACACACAAUCUUCGCCUGCCUGGACUGCCUGGACUCACAAUACCCAGCCUACUGGCAUCCAAGUCCAAUGGCAGCAUUUCCGGCGCCACAUUACCCGCUUUUGAAUAUAUCGCACCGCCAAAUCAUGCGCUCCAGAGCAUUGACUUUCCACUGAUGGAGCUGAAUCGUGUUGGCAUGUUUCCGGGAUUCUUGCAUCGACGUGCCCGUGGCGAGAAGCGACCCAUUCCGGAUGCCCAAAAAGAUGCUAAAUACUAUGAGCGACGAAAGCGCAACAAUGAGGCUGCAAAAAAAUCGAGGGAUGCACGCAAAAUACGUGAGGAUCGCAUUGCAUUCCGUGCUGCGCUUCUCGAGCAGGAGAACUCCAUACUCCGUGCCCAGGUGCUGGCGUUGCGAGAUGAAUUGCAAACCGUGCGGCAGUUGUUGGGCGCCACAGCCGGUGGCAUGCUGGGUGUGGCAAGGCAAGUGUGAUGUCGUUGUCGUUGUCGUUGAUAUCGCCGUGUACAUAGUGAAAUUG